UUCAGCUCCGCCCGGCCCCGGCCCCGGCCCGGCCGUCCAUGGGGAGCGCGGCCCGGCGGCCGCCCGGCAGCAGGAGGGAGCGGGGAGGCUCUCCCGGCGGCCCCGCUCGCCCGUAGCCCGGCAGGGCAUGCCCGGACCCAGGAUGCCGGCCUGGGGGAUCCUGCCCGUCACCUUGCCCGCCUUCACCAUCACCGGCAUGUGGAUCGUGUACGCCAUGGCACUAUCCAACAACCACAUCUGCCCCGUCCACAACUGGAAUUACAACCAGUCGUGUGGUGGCGAUGGCCCCGGCUCCUGCUGCACGCUGGACCACAUCCCCCUUGUCAGCAAGUGUGGCACCCUGCCUCCUGAGAGCUGCUUCUUCAGCCUCAUCUGCAGCCUGGGCUCCUUCAUGGUCAUCCUGGUGGGGCUGCUGCGCUACGCCCACCUCCUGGAACGCCUUGGUCCGUCCCUCCUCAACACUCUGGGACUGGCCACCGGCUGGGUCUGCGCCGCCGGCCUCACCAUGGUGGGCAACUUCCAGGUGGAUCAUGCCAAGGUGCUGCACUACAUUGGGGCGGGGGUGGCCUUUCCCACCAGCAUGCUGUUCCUGCUCCUGCAGUCCAUCCUCACCUACCGCAUGGCCAAAACACGUGGGCAGUACUGGACUGGCCACUUACGUAGCAUCCUCACCACUGUGGCCUUCGUCACCCUUGUCUUCAGUGGUGUGUUCUUCAUCCAGGAGAGCUUUGUGCUGCAGCAUGUGGCCGCCUUAUGUGAGUGGAUGUUCAUCAUUGAUGUCCUGGUCUUCUAUGGCACCUUCACCUUUGAGUUUGGGGCCAUCUCCACAGACACCUUUCUGGUCCUGCUGAAAGCCAGUCGGGCUCCCAAAAGUUACAAAGGCGAGAGCAGUGUGUCCAGCACAGCCCACAUCCACAGCCUUGCUGAGGGCCUGGCCAUGGCCUGAUCCUCUAGGGGACAGCCUCAAAGACUCAAAGAUCUGGGACCCCCAGAUCAGGUUUUGCCAGUGACUUCCCCCAUUCUGAAUGACUCUGAGAUCCUGGCUGCCUCUGGGUGCAUGUGUACGUAUGUGUGCAUGUGUGGGUGUGCAGUGCCCUCUCUCUCCUCCUGGUGGGACCUGUGUCUGGGGCUUCUUCAGCAGCCAGUGUCCCCUGCAGGAGCUGCCCGUUCCCUACCUGCUGUGUUUGGGGUCACUGCUGAGGAGCAGGGAUGCCAGCCCAGUGCUGCUAUUGGCAGAGCCAGGAUCUGCCCCCAAGCCUCCAGGGUUGCCCUGUCUGAGUCUGGGGCAGUAGAGACGCCCCAUCUGUAAGGGAUGUGGGGACCAGGGGUCUCACCUUCCCCUCACCACGCAGACUUUGUGUGCUGGGGAUGUUCCUCUUCCAUGGCCAUGGGGCAGAAUUAGGCAGGGCAGGCCUUCCAGCCAGCCACUGAGACUAUGCCCGAAGAGCCAAAAACCCAGAGUGCUUUUCCCUUCCUUGGCAGGUAAUGGCAGUGCCAGUCUGCAUCCCCAGUGAGGAUGGCAGCCGGGUCUUUCCCUGCCCGUGUGCCUUGCUCUGCUGCAGGAUGACCACAGCAGCCUCAGUGGGACCACUCUGGCCCUCCCAGCCAGGGCUCUCACUGCUCACGGCCUUCCAUGCCUCUGAGUCUGGGGAGAAUUGCUUAGGCAGAUUUUGGCCUCUGGGCCACAGCAUUCCCUGGCAGCCAGCUGGGUUAGGAAAUGGUUCUCUGCAUUUACUUUCAUGCUGGGGAUGUCCUGCAAGCACAGUGCCUUCAGAGCAGCAGAUUUCCCUGCCAUAGCACUGCCAACCUCAGCUGUCCUGCUACAGGGCCUCCAUGCCCCAGCCUCUGUCUCCCCGUUUUGCUGGGACUCCCAAAUCCGUCCUCUGGUGCCUUCGCAGAAUCACAGCACUCAGCCCAGCCAGUGCCUGCCAAAAGCCUGUCCCACUCAAUUCCAGCCUCCUCAGGCUGAGCCCAGCCUUGGAUGGCCUGGGCAGGGGCCGGGGUGUCUGAGGGGGAGUGUAGAGGGUGGUGAGUGUGUGUAUAUGUAUAUAUAGGUUUACAUAUAUAUAUAUAUGUAUAUAUAUAAAUUUUCCCUUGUCCCUGGAGAGGGGCAUUUGCUGCUGCUGCUGUACAUGUUGAUCAGGUUGGGCUCCCUGAUUUGCCCACCUUUUCAAAAUCAGCCUAUAAAUCCACCAUUAUAUGUAGUUAAAAAAGGAGCAUUUCUGACUUUUAUAUCUAAUAUAUGUUUAAAAAAUAUAUAAGGAGAGAACAGUGAAUUUACAAUAAUAA